CCAGGACUCAUGUUCCCUCCUGCCUCCCUCACAAGAUGGCAAAGGUCACAUAACAGCAGCCAUCCUACAAAAGGUGCUGGAUGUCCAAUCCAAGCAACUGUUAUCCCCAUUUCAAACCUCAGUCUCCGAGCUGAUGCAAGAAAUGCGCGACAUCGGCGACAGGACAGCACAUUUAGAAACCAAAAUGGAUCAACAAGCGACCAUCCACAACUCUCUAAUCGCUAAGGUCCAAGAAUUGGAGACACACCUGUCCUCCCAUGACACCAAACUUGCAGAUCUCAAAGACUGGUCACGCCAAAAUAACAUAAGGAUCAGGGGGAUUCUGGAAUCCGUGGUG